UCCUUAUCAAAAUAUUUAGAAUAAUAAAAAUGACAUAUCUAAUUGCAGUCUUUGUAUUUGCACUACUAACUAACGGUGCCUUUACAAGAAAUGUUCGAAUUAUUGGUGGCGAAGAUGUAGAUACAAGAACAUAUCCGUUCGUAGCAUUAUUUAAACAUAGAGACUAUAAUUUUCCCAUUUGCGGUGGUGCAAUUAUCAGCAAUAACCAUGUUCUUACAACCAUAAAGUGCCUUUAUGAUGAGCCAGAUGAUUUUGCACGCGUUCUGGUUUAUACAGGAAUGGUACCAUCGGAGUCAAAUCCAGGAAAUGCUCAUGAAAUUGCUCGUGUUUUCAAUCAUCCGAGAUUCACGGCUGAGGAUACUAUUGAAGAAAUGUAUCUGCAUGAUAUUUCUGUUGUCAAGCUUAAACGAAAAAUGAAAUUUAAUGAAUUCCAAAGCGCUAUCCAACUAUUAGACAGAGACGUUGCUGAGAAUGAUAACGGAUUUGUUUUGGGAUGGGGAUCAACGACUUAUCCGACUCUUUCAUAUCCAACGAAAAUGCAAAAAGCCAACAUGAGAAUUAUUCCAGAAAGAUUGUAUUCUACAUAUUUUAAAUUUCUUAUACACGACACUCAAUUUUGCGCAUUGGAUAAAGCAGAAGUUGGAGCAUGCAAAGGUGAUGGUGGAGAUCCAUUUGUCAUUGAUGGAAAACUCGCUGGUUUAACAUCAGUUGUCUAUCGAUGUGCCAAAGGUGUUCCGGAUAUAUAUACAAAAAUUUAUUACUACAUUGAUUUUAUAAAAGAUAUCAUGAAAAUAUAAUACAUAU